AUGGCUGAGAUCCAACAUGCAAAUGCUCACGGCCAAGGGCAGGUCAAGCAAAAGUUCAACACUUUGACCCUGAGCCUCUUUUCCAUCGUCCUUCCAAGCGUCUGGUCCUUUGCGGCUACAGGUCUCGUCAUCGGAAUCUACGCCGGAGGCAUGCCUGUCCUCAUAUGGGGUGCGCUUCUAGUCGGCAUUGUUCUGAGUCUCCUUGUCACUUCGUUUGCCGAGUUUGGUUCUGCAUAUCCUUCGGUUGCGGGAUGUCUUGUUCUGGCUACGAAACUUGGCGGACCUGAAUAUGGUCGGAUUUGCGGCUUCAUGACUGGCGGCAUCCACGCUUUGGCGUCCCUUGUCACUCCUGCGUGUCUCAUCACUGCACAUUCCCCUUUCUUUACGGCCAUGGCCAUGGUCAUGCACCCUGACUGGCAGCCCACAAAAUGGCAGAGCUUCCUCAUCUACCAGGCUGUGAAUAUUAUCACUGUUUUUAUUUGCUUCAAAGGGUCUAGGUUUUUGGGUCUAAUGGCCACAGCAGGAGCAUUUGUCCUCUUUGCUCUGUUCUUCACAUGUAUUGGAGUAAUUGUGGGUUGCGCAGACCCCAUCGCACCGUCUGAGGCUGUCUGGUCCGAGGUUCAGAACUUCACCGGCUGGCCCAACGGCUUUGCGUUCCUGAUCGGCGUCUCGUCUCCUCUUUCUGGAUAUGGACCAACUCACUGGAUCCUCAACAUGGCUGAAGAGGUUAAAAACCCGCGCCGUGCGAUUCCCAUUGCGUUGUUAGCGCAGCAGGUUGGCAGCAUUGUCACGUUGUUUGUGUUUUUUAUUGCAAUUGGAUACGGCGUUGGCAACGACUGGGAUGCCAUCGUCGGGAGCCGCUAUCCCGUCCCCAUGGCUGCGAUAUUCGAGUAUACCACACGCUCCAAGGCCGGUACCGUGAUUCUCUUGUUCGCUAUGGUCGCUUUGGGCAUUGUAAGCGCUGCAUCAUAUAUCAGUGCGGCGCUACGCCUCAUCUAUGGCUUCGCCAGAACGGGAGCUUUUCCUUUCUCUGGGUGGUUGAGCGAGUACGACACGAAACUUCAGAUCCCAAAGAACAUUCUGUGGUGCAUAUUUGGCGUCAAUGUUAUCCUCGGGUGCCUUGAGCUUGGGAGUUCCUCAGCCGUGGUCACAUUGGUCGGUGCAGCCGUCGUUUUGUUCACCAUCGGCUACCUCCCAAUCUUUGUCGGCUACAUCUUGACGGGCGGGCGCUAUUUGGGAAACAAAGGGUGGUUCAAGUUGCCGCGCUCACUGAGUCUUGGACUCGCCUGGUUCAACUCGGUAUCCAUCAUCAUGCAGUCCAUUCUUCUGUGUCUGCCGCCCAGCAAACCGAUCACCGCCGAGAACAUGAACUGGGCGUCUGCUGUCGCUGGAGCUCUGGUCAUCUUUCUUCUUGGCAGCUACUGGGUCUACGGCAAGGGUACCUACCAACCAAGCGAUGACUUGAUUAUCUGCAGUGAGGAAAUCAUGGGCGAAGAUGGUCUAGAGUCCACGUUGGCCACUGAAGUUUCGGAUAAAGAGUCGAAGGAGAAGGCUGCCGCUUAG